AUGGGCUUCCCCAUGCUCCUACCCUUCCUCUUCCAUUCUUCCUUACAGAAUAAUAAUGCAGAUUAUAGUAGAGUCCAACAGCCUUCUGUUCUUGUCCUUACUUCAAUUUAUGUCUUUCUUGGGCUGUGUACAGCUGGGGAUUCCGUGUUAUACUCACUUGGCCUAAAAUACCUUCCAGUCUCGACUUAUUCUCUGAUAUGUGCAAGCCAAUUAGCAUUCAAAGCUGUUUUUGCAUUUUUCCUGAAUGCACAGAAGCUUACCUUUUUCAUAAUAAACUCUCUUGCAUUGCUAACCAUUUCUUCCAUAAUCCUUGUAAUCCACAAUGAUACUGAAGAUUCCAGUAACGCCUCCAAGCACAAAUACACAGUAGGCGUUAUAUGCACUGUUGCUGCAUCUGCUUUAUAUGCAUUUGUGCUUUCAUUCACUGAACUCAUGUUUCAGAAGAUACUUAAAAGCAAAACUUUCAGAGUCAUUAUUGAUCUCACAUUCUACGAGUCGUUAGUUGCAACGCUUGCAAUCGUAGUGGGGCUUUUUGCGAGUGGAGAGUGGAAGAGUUUGAAAUCAGAGAUGCAGGAUUUUAAACUGGGGAAAGUGUCGUAUAUCAUGACUAUUCUUUGGACUGGGAUAUCAUGGCAGGUUUUCAACAUCGGUUGCAAUGGACUGAUUUUCAAGGUCUCUUCCCCGUUCUCCAAUGUCAUUAGUGCUGUGGGCUUGCUGUGGUAG